GAAAAAGAAGAGAUGGAAAGCAGCGGGCGGGACUGGGGGGAGGAGCUAGGAAGAAGCGCUCGCGCAUGCUCACGAGAAGGAAAGAAGACAGAGGAGGGGUAAAGGGGAGCGCACUUGAAGGGAGAGAAGGAGCGGGGUCUCACGCACGUGUGAACGGACACGCUUGCUCUUCGCUCUCCUUUCCGCAUCCGGAUCGGGGUUAGACGGGAUCGGUCCGUCGGGGAGCCCCGUCCUGAGUGCUGCCCCCCUUCCCGCUCGCCUCACGCCGGCGCCGGUUGGCCUUGGUGCCCGGACAAGGCCAGCCCAUGGCCGGCGGAGGGUGGACGUUGCCCGGCGGGGAUUUCUUGUCGCCGCGGCCGCCUUCCUCUGCCCAGCCGGUGCCUCCUCAGCCGCCGCAGCCUCCUGCCGAGGGGUCAGCCGCUACUCCCCCCGAGGAGCCCGACCUGGAGCCUUGGCGCGAGAAGCCGGAGAGCGACCGGCACUGGGCGCUGCGCAGGCAGUUCCUUCUCCGCAACUUGCCGGACUACCCUGGAGACGUCUCCUUCCAGAAGCUCCUGGCGCUCUCCCACGCCUGGGCCAACCAUGUCUUCAUGGGGUGCAGGUAAGGCGCGGGGCGCUUCUCUGCUUCUUUUCCCCACUUCAGCGAUCGAUCGCGCGCGCAAUGACACGUGUUGGGGGGUGGUAAACUGGUGGUGUGUACAGCCCUGGUGACACGUUGGGUGCGUAUCGCAGUUAACGGAGGAGGAGGGGGCUUGAGUUGUUAAUAGAGGUCUGUUGAGCUGCUGGGAUAAGUCAGCCGGUAGAGCAUGAGACUGUUCAUCUCAGGGUUGUGGGUUCGAGACCUUGCGCUGGACAAAAGAUUCCUUAUUUGCAAGGGGUUGGGCUAGACAACCCUCAGGAUCCUUUCCAACUCUACAACUCUGUGAUCCCACCCACCCACGCACGCCUGGCCUUGAGCAUACUUUCACUGAUUCAGCCGUUAGGCUGUUUCCGGUUGUUUUGCUUAGGGACUCAGCGCAACUAUUAUAUCGGUCCAUGCAGCUCCAUGCUGUCUUUUGUACUAACCGGCUGCGGCUGUCCAGGGUUUCAAGGAAAAUAAACCAGGGAGAUCUCCUGCCAACAAAGUAGCUGCUCUGCCACUGAUUUGCAGCCCUUCCCUACAGUGGUUUUAGGUACAAAACGCUGCCUUGUCCAGCGCCAGCCACUGGUGUGCCUAGUUCAGAAGUUCACAAGAGGAAGAUAUUCUUCUAAUUCACAAGAGCAGUGGGGAAUUUGUGCCUGCAACUUCCACCAGCUCCACUAAGCUUGGCCAGUGCUGUUAUUAUUAACCAGGGAUGAUGGGAGCUGGACUCCAACAAGGUCUAAAGGGCCACUGGCUCUCCAUCCCUAGGUAUUAUUAAUUAAUUAAUUAAUUAAUUGUUAAUAAAUAGCUACGCCGCUGCCCACUCCCCAUCCUGUACAACGACUGGCAGUGGCUCUCAAGAAUAUCUGGCAGGGAUCUCUCCCAGCCCUGUCUGGAGAUGUCAAGAAAUAAACCUGUGACCUCCAUGCCAAGCAGAUGCAUGCUCUACCACUCACCUUUGACCCUUCCCCUUUCUCUUCCCAUUACUCUCUGUUCACAACUCAUUUUCCUUUCCAUGCAGUGAUUAUUAGUGUUUGGUAUGUAAUAUUUUAGUCAUGCUCUUCUAGCAAUUAAAUACUACAGACAGUUUGCAAACAGAAAACCAGUAGCAGUGCAAUCAACAAGGGCAUGCUGCACUAAAACCACCCAUUUAAAAACAUCAACUGCACAGUAAAUAAAAUAUUUCGGGAAAACAGCAGUAGAACUAACCAUGAAAAGACUUACUGAAUAAAAACUCUUUCACAUUUGGUUCAAAAGGCAACAGAGAGGAAACUGGACAAAUCUCUGCAGGAAGAAUAUUCCAAAGUUUCUUUUUGCAAGGGCAAUUUGCAAAGCCCCCUAUUCGCCCUGUUCUCCGUAUAAGGGUUCAUCAGGAAUAAGGAAGGGGUAGUACAACAAUAGGUGGUGGUGCUAGCCUCCAUCUCCCCAGCCCUCAUGGGAGCACCUCAUUGACAUCUGUCUGAUUGCCAUUAUAGAGCAGCAACAGAGGCUGAGAGCAAUGCCAGUGGAAGGCAGAAUAUUAAAAUUUCUGUUUAGCUUCUUUAUUGACUCACAAAACAAUUGCAAGUUCCCAACACCCUUGAGACUGUACAGGUCUUCUUCAAAAGAACAUUGCUUAUUGGCUUGGCAUCACUGUCGUGGGUCAAAACCAGUCCUUGAGAAAUCUUCUAUUUCAUAAGCAAUAUUUCUCCAAAUAUUUUAAGGCCUUGUAUAUUUGUGGGGAUCUUUAACAGUCUGCCAUGUUCACUGUUGUACCCUGUUUGGGUUUGCUCUGGUAGGCAGCCCUCAUUUCCUUAACUUUACUUCAUUUUGAGCCAAAUACCUUUAUUUCUCCCCAGAAUAACUAUCACCCAUUCUUCUCUCUCCCCCCCCCCCCAAAACAAGAAAGUUACAGGCAGAUGGAAGCCCUGUCUUUUUUACCACUGGGGCCACACUUGCACCAUACAUUGUGUCACUUUAAACAGCCAUGGGUUCCCUCAAAGAAUCCUGGGAACUGUAGUUUAUUCAGGGUUCUGAGAGUUGAUAGGAGGCCCCUAUUUCCCUCUGAGAGCCAAAGUUUACAUAGUUCUAUGGGAAGAGGGAUUGUUUGUAGCUCUCAAAGGGAAAAAGGAUUCUCCUAACAUCUCUCAGCCCCCUUAACAAAUGACAAUUCCUAUGAUGCUUUGGGGAAGCCAUGACUGUCUAAAGUGGUACAGUAGUGCUUUAAAUGUAUGGUGUGGCCUUUGCCAUUAUGACAUAGCAGCCACUGAAAACAGACCUUCAAGUAUUCAGUGCAGUAUUCCUUGUUUUGGCUACCAGCCUUAAAAAAAAGUGCUGGUGGGGAAGAGGUUGCAUAUGCUAAGAAUCAAGCUGUCCUUGACCAGUGGCUGCCUUCUCCAUUCACUUAACUGGGUCAGAAAUCAACAAGGUUUAGGAACAUAGGAAAGAGUCUUGUACCAGGCCAGACUAUUAGUCCUUCUAACUCAGCGUUGUCUGUUCUGUCACAACAGUUGCCCUCACAAUGUCUGGGUUCUUUUCUCAUACCCUGCUGCUGGAAAUGCCACGUGUCUCUCCAUAGCACCCCUUGUGCCAAAGAUCAACGCCAGCAUAUUCCUUUAUCUUGUCCAUUGUUUACAUUUGAACUGGAGAUAGUUGCCAGUUAGAUAUCAUGAUGGAAGGUUUUGCAUCCACAGUUUUCUUUAGUAUAGCUGUGAGUUUCCAGAUAGUUUUCCUUUUGCCAAAAGCAGCUUACCCCAAUCUGUGACCCCCAGAUGUUACUGGACUCCCAGCUCUCAUGAGCCCCAGCCGGGAUACCUUGGCAGGGAUGAUGGAGCUAGUGUCCAACAAUAUAUGGAGGGAGCCACAUGGACUAUUCCAAGCAUAAACAAUACUGAGUUACCUGGAUCUGUGGCCUGACUCUGAAUAAAACAGCUUCCUGUGUUCCUGUAUCUUGUACUAUGUUUCGCUGGGCAAAAGUGUGAAAAGGUGUUGUAACCACACAUCUCUUGGUCCAACAGGACACCCACUUAGGUAGUCCUCUGGUGGGCAGAGGUAGGAGUAGAGCUGCAAGGGGGUUGGGGUUUGUAAUAGCAAUCUAUAACUUAAAGCUUCCUUUGCUUUUAAAUGCAGGUAUAGCCCUGAAGUUAUGGAGAAAGUCCUCCGUAUGGCCGAAGGGAUUGACAUUGGCGAGAUGCCGUCAUUUGAAUUGGUGCCUGAUGCCAAGGCAACUAAAAGGCCACGCUCCCUGCCGGACAAUUCUCCAUCUCGUAGUGAGUGUCUCCAUUUCCCUCCAUUCCAUUCACAGCAGAAUUGGCUCUUUAAUGACGAUAAAUGAAUCAGCAAUGUCAGGCAUGAAAAGACCAAGGGCUGUAUCUAAUAUUCUUUGUCCACUAGCCCAAGGCCUCAUGCACUAGUGGACGAGUGAGUUUUAAAUGUUGUGCAGCUGAGAAAUCCAGCGCUGCAACAGUUGCACCAGCACGGUGGUCUUCAGCCAAUCUAGACCUGAGACCCACCUCUAAAUCCCAACCAGCAACAUGGGACCCACAUUCAGAUUUUCACUUUUGAUUUAUACUUAAUUGUGCUGACAUCUCAGCACACGUCGCACACUAUAAAAAAGCAUGUGAGCCAAUAUUUAAUAUAUCGUCGGUCAAAUUUUGUACGCUUUUGGUAGAUGUGUCCUCUUUAAUAUUUUAUCUUUACUCUAUGGUCAACACUGAGCAAGAGGGCAAGUCAUAUUUGUGUUAUAUUCCCCUCCGAAAGGCUUUCUGUCACUUUUUUAGCUUUCCAUAACUUUUCUCUGUCAACUGCUGGUGCCUUUUUCUCUGCCUACCUUGCACUUUUGGACUCACAUCACCCGUCUUGCCUCUGUUGUUCUCCUCUACACCUCCCUCCCUCUCUUUGCCUCCUCCUUGCACCCUCUCAGUCCUUUAUCUCUUGUCAUUUACUUUUGUCUUACCUUCUUUCUCAAUGUUUUCUAUCACUAGGUCUCUGCCUGUUUCCUCUUUCUCUCAGCUCAUGUCUUCUUCCACAUUUUCUUUACCUUCUCAAAAAUUUAUUUCCUUUCUCUCUCACCUUCAUUUGCUUCCUUUUUAUCUGCUGGUAUUACCUUUCUAUGUCUCCUUCACUUUCCUUAUUUUAACUCUGCUCACUUCAUUUCACCUCCUCUGCCCCUUUAAUUCACCUCUCUGUAACUCUUCCCCCUCCUACUGUCAACAGCAAAACAGGAUUUCUGUGGAAGAUUCAUCACUGCCAGAACCUAAUAUAGGCAACAGCAGUUCUUUUUUGCCCCAUUGUUGGAUUAUUAAAUUGAUCCUCAGAUACACCUCCACACUGCAACAUAUAGUUGUAGUUCCCAAACCAAAAGUGCUUCCUCUUUCAAAUUGCAAAGUCUUGCCACUUUACAAUUCUCCCCCCCCCCCCCAAAGAAACUAAAUAAAACUGACUGACACUGGAAUAUUGAAGUUGCAGUCCUAUGUAUGCUUAAUUGAGAAUAAGUUCCAUUAAAUAAGUGGAUCUUCCGCAGACUGUAUGCGUUUUCAGCCAUAGCUUUAAUCACACAGCUAUGGAAUAUAAUAUUUUGAAAAUCUGCCUUCCACUUCUGCCCCCCGCCCCCCGGCCCAAAGUUACAAUUUCUCAUGCCUGCAGAGAAAAGUUAUAUUUCACCCAUGUUUCAUUUUUCAUUUUAAAAAUCCUCUUUUAACUUCUUACAUUGCAUAGGUCUCGAACCUCCAAGGAAGCAGACUGCCAAAUACCAUGUCAGGCCUCGUUUUGAACCUAUACACUUUGUAGCCAGCAAUACUCCAGAUGAAGGAAAAAAGCCUGCUUCAGAAAAUGAAGCAGAGGAGGCCAGUGAGAACAUAACCCAGCAAAUCCAAAACUACGCUGAUCGGGUUUUCAGCAGCUUCAGUACCCAGGAUGAGGACACACAGUUUUCCAGAACAGUAGGUUUAGGUUAUGGAAGUACCCAGGGAAACCAGAUGGAAGCUGAAGUGGUUUCCAAAAACGAAGACUCUUCUGCCAGUGGUGUUGCAGCAGAUUUGUGGGGGCCUUCUCUUCUCCAGGCUGCCUCUGAAACAUUUCCCAAAUCGGUUAUAGUAGCCAAGCAGUAUUUCAUUAACAGACUUGCAGUUGCAGUCCGCAAUAAUCUUGCUAGCCCUGAAGCUAGUUGCGAGCCAGACAAAAUUAACUACACUUUUCUGUUGACACGAUCCAUACAGGCUUGCAGGACAAACCCUGAGUAUAUUUAUUCCCACUUGAAAUAUUUUUCCCCUGAGGACCUUCCCGAUAACAAGAAGCUCCUAAAAGAUGGUUUUGCUUGUGAGGUGAGGUGUCAGGAUAUAUAUUUGGCCACAGGUUAUGCCGGCAGCAAAAAUGGAUCGAGGGACCGAGCGACGGAACUGGCAAUGAUUCUGCUGCAAAAGCCUGUGGAGGUUAAGGUUGCCCAGCGAAAGUACAAGAACACCACCCUGGAGGAUUUAGUGCUAUGUCAGAAGGGCAAAUCUCCUCCUGAAUUCCCUCCAGUGCUCAAGCAUUUGUAUGACACUGUCACUUCCAUGAAAGAAUGGUCACCUGGGCAGCUGACCUUUAACCCCCAGCAGGGCUCCAGUUCAGCUAAACAUUGGACUAACUUUGUCCUCACAGAAAACGCCAGUGAUGCCAUUGGAAUUUUGAACAAUUCAGCCUCCUUCAACAAAAUGUCAAUUGAAUACAAAUAUGCCAUGAUGCCAAAUAGAUUGUGGCGCUGCUGUGUCUAUUUGCAGGACCACUUUUUAGCCGAAGGGUAUGGCACGAAAAAAACAAGCAAGCAUGCUGCAGCAGACGAAGCGCUGAAAGUUCUCCAGAAGACCCAGUCCAGUACUGGGCCCACCAAAGCAGUCCAGGUUCGCAAAUUUAGCGGGGCCACUCAUAUUCCCCCCAAGAAGAAGAGUCUGAAGGAACUUGUUGUGUAUGAGAAUUCCAUGAACCCUGUGUGCACCCUGAACGACACUGCUCAGUUCAACAAGAUGACAGUGGAGUACAUCUUUGAAAGGGUGAUGGGGAUCCGGUGGAGGUGCAAGGUGAUGCUGGAAAAGGAAUUAAUUGCUGAAGCAAUUGGGGUCAAGAAGAGUGUCAAGCACAUGGCGGCAGAAGAGGCUGUCAGAGUCCUGAAAAGAACCCAACCAACAGUCAUCAACAACCUGAAAAAAGGCACCGUCGAAGACGUCAUCUCAAGGAACGAGAUCUGCGGUCGUUCAGCAGAAGAAGCAUCGAAGCAGCAGAUCAAGGAAGACAACAUUGGGAAUCAGAUUCUAAGGAAAAUGGGCUGGACAGGCGGUGGCUUGGGGAAAAGUGGGGAAGGGAUCCGAGAACCGAUUGCCGUGAAGGAACAGUUCAAAAGGGAAGGGCUUGGGAUGGACAAUGAAAGGGGGUCAAAAAUUGCAAAGAAAGAUGUUGAACAGAUCAUCCAGAAUUAUGCCUUCUCGGACAGCAAAGUUGAUCUGACGUUCUCAACAGAACUGACCAACGAUGAGCGCAAACAGAUUCAUCAGAUAGCCCAACAAUACGGGCUUAAGAGUAAAUCCCAUGGACAGGGCCGUGAUAGAUACUUAGUGGUUAGCCGAAAGAGGCGUAAAGAAGACUUGUUACACCAGCUAAAGCAAGAUGGUCAGGUUGGCCAUUAUGAACUCAUUAUGCCACAGGAUAAAUAAGACUUGAGGGCCAUCCAUUUCUUCUGGGGAUGUUCAGACUGAGGCUGAAUUCUCCAUUAAACCGAGCGAAAGUUGCACAUGGAUGUGGGAAUGAUUGAAACCUGUUUUACUUGUUCGUUAAUUUUCUAAAACUUUCUUAGGGAAAAAAAUAAGAGCUUUAUAUAAGCAGUUUAACUGUUUUAUGAAAUCUCUUGGAAAAGGCUUGUUUCCUUCACAUUUUCCUAGUUUUGUAAUAGCAGGAACACUUUGUGUGACAGGGAAAGUUUGCACACCGCUUUAAAGCAAAAGGGUAGGAUGAUUUCCUUCUCUAUUUUUUGACUUAAAAAAUAAAAUAAAAAAUACAAAAAUAAAGAAGGUGGCAAUAUGUAGAAAACUAUGUAAAGUUGGUAUUAAUACUAAAUAGCUUUUUAUUUCUGGACAUGCAAAGAAUUGCAUGUUUUGUAUUUAAAAUGUUGGAUUUUAUUGUGGGAAGGAUGGGGAACUUGCUUUUCAGUUUAUUCAAAAUGCAGCAUCAUUAGAGUAAUUCGUGAUUUGGUUUACCCAAGACUGCCUUCUUCAUUUGUACCCUAAAAGCCAAGGAUGAGGAAGCUGUGGCUCUCCAGAUGCUGCAGAAUUACAACUACCGCAAUCCCUGGCCAUUGGUAAUGCUGGCUGGGGCUGAGGGGAAUUAGGAGCCGGUCACCAUCUGGAGGUCCACAGGUUCUCCAUCCCUGAUAUAAACCCAGAAUGGGAGAUAGUCAGAAAAGCCCGAGUCUCAGAUUUUUAUUUAAAAUCUAUAUUUAUAAGCCAAAGUUCAUAAGUGGGUGGGAGUUGUUUUAAUUUUGUGUUGUUUUAAUUUUAGUAGGAGCACUAUGGCAUAAAACUCCCACUGAAAUCAGUGGGCCUUAAGUGUGUUCAACUGUGGCACGUUGCAUACGGUUUCUAUGAUAGCUUUCAGAGUUUGAGGCAAUGCCUUCUGCUUCCUCUUGGGGAAGACGCCUGAGGAGCAUGUCACAGCUCUGUAUGUGUGGGAUUAUAUAAACACACGCAAGCUUGUUCUAAAUUUUGUUAUUUCAUAGAGCAGGGGAUAGGGAACCCAGAUGUUGUUAGACUUCAAUUCCCAAGAGUCCUUGGGCGAUGAGAAUUGUUGCCUUGCAAAAUCUGGUUCAAGGCCACAGGUUCCCCACCUCCGUCAUAAGAGCCAGAAUCUGUAAUUCUUUGACAUAAAAUUGAUUUAUUCUGCAUGCUGCAGAACAUACAAGGCUCUGGGUUUUGCCUCAAGUGGCCAUGCUUUUGUUUUCCAAAUCUGAUGAUGUUAGUGAAUAAAUUAAAGCGUUUUCUAUCACCUUAACAGAAAGAUGAACUCUGGUGGAGUGGAUUUCUCCUACAACUAUUGUUCAGUGAAGUAUUUUUUAAAAAAUAAACACUUUUGGGUCAGGUCCACUUGUUUCUAUGUGUGCUGCUUCCACUUUUCAUUUCCUUCCACUGCAUUUUUCGUGUACAUGUGCUUGUAUAAAAUAUGGAGAGAAACAAGUAAAAGGUUCUCUCUGUAGGGCGUUUGAUUAGUGUGUGCGUGAUUCUCUUCCCCUUUUUUCUCACUCGAAAACUAAGCUUUUUUGAAGGCAUACCUCCUUUCCAGUUCCAGG